AUGUAUCUCCAGAGAUCGCCUUCCGGGGCUGCCGUGGUGCCUAAUGUUAUUGGAGGCAAGGUCGUGUCUCUGCCCGAAACUCAGAACUUCCCUGUCAUUCAAGGUUCAACUGGGGACACGAUCCAUUACGCCCAGAGCGCAACCGUCGAUGUCGGAGUUCAUGCCGUCGAGACUGCUGCUGAGGUCUUUAAGACAUGGAGGAAGACUCCACUCUCGCAACGGCGGGCAGUGUUGAACAAAGCGGCUGACAUCUUGGAGACAAAGGUCGAAGAGUUGGCCAAAAGAGAGAUUCCAGAGACCAGUUGUGAUGCGCACUGGCCAGGGUUUGAGGUAAUCUUUGCGUCAAAAUUUGUGAGAGAGACCUCUGCCAAUGUUUCGACCGUGUGCGGGAGCAUACCGGACUCUGAGGUUCCGGGAACGACUUCAUUGGUGUUUCGAGAGCCCGUUGGUGUCGUUCUUACCAUCAUACCAUGGAAUGCUCCAACCAUUCUAGCCUUCCGUGGCAUCGCUGCUGCUCUCGCAGCAGGCUGCACGGUGGUCUUCAAAGCUUCCGAACUAUGCCCGUGGACUCACCAACUGGUUCUUGAAGUCUUCGCGGAAGCAGGACUUCCAGCCGGGGCACUGAACAAGAUUCAAUGCUCCCGUUCUGAAGGUCCUGCUGUCACCGAAGCCAUCAUCAGCCAUCCGGCUCUGAGAAAGGUCGAAUUCAUCGGCAGUGCCGCAGUCGGGCGAAUUAUAGGCACCGUGGCAGCCAAGCAUCUGAAGCCUGUCUUGAUGGAGCUGGGAGAUCAAAGCCCAGUGAUUGUCCUGGAGGACGCAGAUUUGCAAACUGCUGCAGAGAAUUGUGUUCGAGCUACCUUUGCCCAUCACGGUCAGAUCUGUUUCGGUACUGAGCGAAUCAUUGUCCAUGAGAAAGUGGCCCAGGACUUCUCCCGGUUACUUGUCGAAGCCACAAAAGCUCUGCCCUCGGCUGGCCACGCCAUCACGGUAGAAGGGGCAGAACGGUCUCAGGACAUCAUCGAAGAGGCUCCUUCUAUCUUGAUGGAUGUGAAUCCCAAAUCUCGGCUCUCGCGCGAAGAGUCGUUCGCUCCGUCUGCGAGUUUGUAUGUGGUCAAGAGUGACGAGGAAGCCUUGGCCCUGGCGAAUGACACCCCGUAUGGUCUAUCUGCAUCGGUCUUUACGAGAAACCAUGCCAAAGGUCUGGCUCUGGCACGAGACCUAGAGUUUGGACAGGUCCAGAUCAACUCGCACACCAUGUCUGUCAACGUCGCCGCGCCACAGACGGGAUUCAAGGGAAGUGGAUGGGGAAGCAAUGGUGCUGCAUAUGGGAUUGGGGAAUUCUUGUUUAGCAAGCAUGUUUCGCUGACUGCGUGA